UAUUCAAUAAUCGCUUAAGGGUGCAGCUCCAGAAUCCAGCAUUCCGUUUAACAGACUUAAUACUUCCACAAGGAACAACACAUACAACAGACUCGUUCACAUUACAAACUCCUUUUAUGCUAACGAUCGAAUCAUCAUCACCAGAAGCUGUUUAAAUAUCUGGUAAUCUGUUUGGCACAGCUGCUGACUAAUAAGAGACAUCAGCUGUUUGCAGUGGGUGCAAAGUGCAAUCCAAGAUGAGUGCAUUGACAAAGCCAGCAGAUCAUUUUCCAAGUUCUGACGAUGCAAAGCCAGUGCUAUACUCCUCCUGCAUGAGCUCUUGCUCUUGGCGAGUGCGUAUUGCAUUGGGACUGAAGGGAAUACCAUACGACAUCAAAACGGAUUGCAAGUCCAGUGAGUAUAAGGAAGUAAACCCCAUGCAACAGGUACCUGCUCUUUGUAUCGAUGGCCAUACCCUCUGUGAUUCCGUAGCCAUUAUGCAGUACCUAGAUGAGACACGCCCACAACAUCCCCUUCUGCCACAGGAUCCGUAUAAGCGUGCCAAGGUGCUACAGAUUGUACAUAUCAUUUGCUCCGGCAUUCAGCCGCUGCAGAACACUUGUGUAUUGGCUCGUGUGGGCGAAGAGGAAAGCUUGGAGUGGGCUCAGCAUUGGAUAUCACGUGGAUUUGAUGCUCUGGAAAAGGUGCUGUCUGAAUCGUCCGGUAAAUUCUGUAUGGGGGAUGAAAUUUCCAUGGCUGAUUGCUGCCUUGUUCCACAGGUGUUUAAUGCCCGAAGGUACCAAAUUAACUUGGAUCUCUAUCCAACGAUCCAAAGACUCGAUCACGGUUUGGGAACAAAUACUACGAUUCGUGCUUGCCAUCCAUAUAAUCAACCCGACUAUCUACAAAAAUGAGCAAAUUAAGCAAAUAUUAAUAAUUAAAAGGUUUAUCAUACUUUGUGAUGAAUUCCUGACAGUUUUUAUGGAAAAAUAUUAAAAUCAAAUUAUAUCUGUUGCUGAAAAUAAAUAUGAACAUAUUGAAUGAAAAACUAGAAUUAGGUAAAUUAAAAUCGCAAAUCUAAAGGACAACUCGAAAAAAAA